AUGCCCGUCCACUUUUUCGCGUCGGCUGUAUCGUCGACGGUGCCGACCGAGUACUGGGCCACGAUCGCAGCCUCGCUCGUUGCCAUCUCGUUGCUUAAGACGUGGUCGAAAGGAGCGAAACUUCUGGAUGCUCAACGCACGCGUGCUUGCGCCGAGGCACCACGAGCCGAUAAGCGGUUUGUCGAUCUGCACGGCCGCAUCAUUCUGGUCGCUACAGGCGCAUUCACUCCGCUAGGCGUCGUCACGUUGGCGUCGCUCGCGCACCGCGGCGCGCAGAUCAUCGCUCUUACCGCGUCCAUCUCGUCACCUGCGGUGAUACAGAUGAUCGAGCUGAUUCGCGACUCGACACAGUCCGAGCUCAUCUAUGCGGAGCAGUGCGACGUCGGUAGUCUGGAGAGUAUCUCUGCGUUUGCAGCGUUGUGGAAUAGUGGCGAUAAGAAGCAGCAGGAAGGAGUGAGACGCUUGGAUGGUCUGCUGUUCUUACCUCCGGGCAGAGAGGAGCUGCAGAAUGUGCAGGUGCAAACCGCAAGCACGGGCACAAGCACAAGCCGAAAAGAUCGCAUCUAUCAGCUGCAUGUGUUGGCGAGACUCCAUCUGGUCAACUCGUUGUUGAGCAGCCUGCUGGUGCAGCCGCCGGAGAGAGAGGUUCGCAUUGUCUCUGUCAUGUCUCCGUUCUAUGCGGCGGGUGUGGCUCAUUUCGAUGUGCUUUCAUCGGCCACAUCGACGGGCGAGCCCAAGAAUGCAGAGAGCGAAGCCGAAACACGCGGACCAACGCCGUUACAGACGCGCUCAGAAUCGAGUUACUCGGCAUUGAUCGGUGCGGCAUCGCUGCGAUGGUACGUUUUGACGGUCGAGCUUCAACGGCGGUUGGACUUGCUCGCGGAGGCGGAUCCGAGGCCACGCACCAAGCUCGGUGAUGUCGAGAUGCAAGCUCGAGCCGAUGCGAUGUUCGCGCCGCGUGCACCGCCGAGCGGAUCGCGAUCCACAUCAGUCGAGGCACAAGUAGCAUUGCGUAUGAAGCGUCACUCGAACAUCUCGAUCAUCAAUGUCUGCGCCGGUUUCGAACGCUCGUCCGAUAUCAUCGAUACCUUCUUUCCCCCCGCGUCAUUGGUGUACAAUGACGCUUUCCACAAAUUCAUCUUUAUCGUCCGCACCUCUGUACGCCUAAUCGUCUUGUUGAUUGUCUGGCCUGUUCUAUGGCUCUUGGCUAAAUCACCUGCCACAGCAGCCGAUAGUGUGGUCUGGGCCACUACGCGUACGCUCGAAUCGUUAUCCGAACGACAUGCCCGUAUCACCACAUCACUCACACAGCCCGCUCGUUCGCUCCAACCAAACAUCCAAGUCACCAGGCGCAACGACAACUUGAUCCCCGCUGAACUGUAUCGCGAAGGAAACAUCAUUCGACCUCCCCUCCCACAAAGGUUCCAUGUAGCCCCACCAGAUCACACCGAUACCGACGACGCUUGGUCCCAGCUCUGGAUGCAAGACGAACAAGAGGUCGAACGAAGAAUCACGGCGCUCGGCGGUCACAUCCAACGUCCGAAGGUGUAG